UAAUGUUUUGUAAAUGGUUUUUAUUUUCAGAUCAAAUGGAGAUCUGUGUUGAUAGUGUGGAAUCUGCUAUUAAUGCGGUUAAUGGAGGAGCUCAUAGAUUAGAACUAUGCAGUGCACUAAGUGAAGGAGGAUUAACACCGUCAUUGGGACUAUUAAAAACGUUAAAAACCAUGGUUUCAAUUCCUAUUUUUGUUAUGCUUAGACCAAGGUGUGGUUAUGAUUUCCAAUAUUCAGAUUUAGAAAUUAGAGUUAUUCUUGAAGAUUGUACUUUAUUCAAAAAUGCUGGAGCUGACGGAUUCGUAUUUGGUGCUCUUACUUCAACUGGUUAUAUUGAUAUUGAUGCAUGUGUUUCAGUAAUUUUAACAGCUCAACCAUUACCUGUUACAUUCCAUCGUGCAUUUGACGUAGCUACACAAGAUCCAAUCGAAAUGGCACAAAAAAUAGCCGAUUUAGGUUUUAAACGCUUACUAACCAGUGGUAGAAGUCCUGUAGCAGUUGAUGGACAAUGCGUAAUUAAAGCUUUGAUUGAAACCAUGAAAGAUCGUCUAAUUAUAAUGCCUGGAGCUGGUAUUCAAGUUGAAAAUCUUAAAGAUAUCCUCGGUACUACAUUAGCACACGAAUUUCAUGGCAUCAGCAAAAGAAGUGAAACAAUAUCCAAAUAAAAAUAAUAUAAAAUUGCAUUCAAUUUAUAAAGAAGCCCCCAUUUAUGUAACAGACUGUGAUACUGUACAAAAAUUACUUAAUAUUUAUAAAAAUCAUUUGAAACUAGAAUAAGAUAUAAAAAAUAAGAUGUACCUAAUUAAAAAACUACGUCACAAAUAACUUUUAACUUUAUAGUAACUGAAUACAAAUAUUUACUUUUAAUGUUAUUACUGUUGUAUUGUUGAAAAAUAAUAAUGAAAUACAAGUUAUCAUGCUCAAUUUAA